AUGGAUGUGACCAGCUACUCAGCGUCGCCUGUGACAUUGGAUAUGGCUUCACAGCAAGACUCCCGCUCAGGGAGCCCGAGGAGAAUUGGCGGCUCUUCCGUGUCGGGUCGAGUGGCGAAGAAACACAAGUCUGUUACUCCUCUGGCGUGCAACCACUGCAGGCUGAAGAAAGUCAAGUGCGUGAUGGACCUCGGGGGCUGCAAAAAGUGCAACAGGCUCAAUAUCCCCUGUGUCUGGCCCAGCGAAGACAAACGGAAAUGUCCGACGUCCAAGAAUCACAUCCGGGAACUAUAUCAGCGGAUCGCUGAGCUCGAAUCAGCUCUCGAAGCAGCCAGAGCGACGCAAAACUCCAUCACCCCGAAUCGACAUCAAGUGCCGAGUCCACGCUCUCCUUUGGCGUAUUCAGCUCCAUCGGCGCCAAUCCCACCCCAGGAGGAAGAUAACCUGAUUUCACGCCUCUGUGGACGCCAGUGGAAACUCAACAGCGACGAGGAAGGUCAAUAUAAAUUCUUUGGCCCGACCUCCAGUUUGCAUCUGACCGAAAGCGUGUCAUCGUCGUUACUCGGGCCAUGGUGUCAGAGGAAUGUGACGGCCGAUGUCAGUCCCGAUGAUCCAAUCGACCCAGAGACCCAGGCGCAUCUGUUGGAGAAUUACUGGAAGUACCAGCACACGGUGCUCCAGGUGUUUGAUCGCGAAGUGUUCCUCGAUGGGAUGAAGUCGAGACAGACCAAGUAUGUCAGUAAGGCACUGCUGUACUGCGUCUACGCCAGUGCCGCGCGGAUAUCGGAUCGCCCGUCGGUGCGAGCGAUGGUGAUCCCCUCGUCCGACGACAUGGACGACAAGGAACCGUUCCUCGUGGCGAUGGCGGCCAGGCUCGUGGACCAAGAGCUCAAACGACCGCAGAUCACAACCAUUCAAGCCCUACUCCUCCUCUCUGUCGUUCAUUGUUCUUUGAGCAAGGACACCAAAGGCUGGUUGUUGACGGGAGAUGCGUGUCGACUUGCGAUCGAUCUGGGCCUUCACAGAACUGGAGACCAGCUUGCAUCCACCAACCUGUCACCGAGGGACAUGAAGGUACGGCAGAUCACCUAUUGGGGUUGUCUGGUCUUUGAUAGACUUUGGGCACUCUACCUCGGCCGCCCAUCGUGUCUGAAAUGCGAAGAUGCUGAACUCCGAUACAAUUCUCUGAUUCUUCAUGAUGCUUCGUGGGAGAAGCGGAUUGCCUUUGCCUGGGUGACUCUUCUCCUGACGGUUGGGAGAAUAUGCGAUGCCCUGAACGAAGAACAGUGCGACAAGGAGACGCUGCACGCCCUCGAUGAGCAGCUUCAAGACUGGUACCAAAAUCUCGACCCGGAGUUGCAGUACUGCGAAGAAGCGCAUGCGUCGGUCCUGCUGCUUCACAUGCAAUACUACUCGUGCAAGAUCCACCUGCACCGCCCGACGGCCAACUUUGGUGUGCGGGUGUCAGAAAUAGACGACGUCGACGCCCAGCGCCACCGGUCCCGCCAGAUCUGCAUCGACAGUGCGAAAAACAUCGCCACAGCGCUGCAGGACUAUCGCAACGUGUACGCGGACGCGUCGACGCUGAGCGGCGUCGCGUUACACGUCAUCGCCACGGCGUCGACCAUCUUGAUCGCCGACAUCGCCGAGAAACGCUCAGCCGCCGAUGCGGCCUUUCAAUUCUCGGCCCUCAAGACGUGCGUGCGCACCCUGGGCGAGCUGGAGAAGACGUACAUUGUGGCACGGCGGGUGCGCCGCAUCAUCCAGCUCGUCAUGCGACUGUGCCAUUUUGAGAGCGAGUACGUCGAUUUCCAACAACAGGCAAACGCCAACGAGAUCGCCGCCAGGAAUCCUGUCAGUGGCUUGUUCAACGUGUUGCACGAGGCCGGGGCGUCUUUCCAGUCUCCCCUGUCGUCGACAAACGACGACGACAACAACAACACGGGCCUGCCGUUGCCGACUCUGUCGGCGUAUAGUCCCUUGUACAUUGACGAGUUGCUCCCGAUAUCCUCGCAAUUUGAUAUCAUGUACAGUCUAGAAUCGCUGUAG